AAAAGGGUUUCCUUCACUCUUACUGAUCAUACAAUAUACUAACACCAGCUGUUUUCCAUGUGCUGCUGGUGCAGGUCUUCAUCUCAAUCAAGAUUCCAGAGCUGGUAAAUUUGGGAAAUGGCAUAUGAAAUCACCCGCUUACGGUGCAUCUGCUGCAUCCUUGCCUUAGUUUCUCUGUCUUCUUCCUCCCUCUUCCUCCAUUGGUCCUACUUUUCCGAUGUUUCGGUACAGGAAAACAGCCAGGACAGCAUAUCCCUUCUUGCAUUUCCGUCUGCUUGGAAUAACCUUGACUUUCCGUCUCUACAGCCUCCCGCCCGUUUCCUCAGAAUCGCGCUCUUCGUCAAGAAGUGGCCUGAGGAACAUCAAGCCGGAGGCCUCGAGCGCCAUGCCUCCACACUGCAUCUUCGUCUUGCCCGGCGUGGUCAUGAAGUCCACGUCUUCACAUCUUCUCCGGGCUCAGGUAACUCAACCUUGAAGGUGAGGAAUUUGUAUUUCCACCUAUCAAAACCGACAAGCGCUGGGUACUUAGAUCAAGCAAUGGUUUGGAGCCAGUUUCGAGCCAUAAACUUGUCUAGACACUUCGAUGUUGUGCAUACUGAGAGUGUUGCGCUUAUGCACACCCGGUCGAGAGAUGUGAGCAACUUAGUCGUUAGCUGGCACGGGAUUGCUUACGAGUCGAUCCACUCAGAUAUCAUCCAGGAGAACUUACGUUCCCCUAAUGAGUCGCAGUCGCUGAUUUUGACGCAGAGAGUUGCUAAAGUUGUCGAGGAAGUGAAAUUCUUUCCGCGAUACGCGCACCAUGUUGCUACUAGCGAUCAUGCCGGGGACAUUCUCCGUAGGGUCUACAUGCUGCCUGAGGAACGCGUCCAUGUUAUCCUCAAUGGCGUCGACGAGGAUGUUUUCAAGCCGAUGGCGAGUGAUGUUGAAAGGUUUAAAUCGAAAUACGCCGUUUGUGGAUUGAAGAACAGCUCGUUGAUUCUUGGAUUGGCCGGGAGGCUCGUAAAGGACAAGGGACAUCCAUUGAUCUUCAAAGCACUUAGGCAAAUCUUCGAAGAGGAUUCAUCGUUCCGCGAGGGCGUUGUUGUCCUUGUCGCCGGCGAUGGUCCCUGGGGAGACAGGUACAGAAGUUUCGGAGAUUGCGUACGUGUUCUAGGGCCAUUAGAUCAAGCCGAACUCGCGAGAUUCUACAAUACCAUCGACAUCUUUGUGAAUCCAACUCUCCGCGCUCAAGGUUUGGAUCACACAUUGUUGGAAGCCAUGCUUGUCGGGAAGCCGGUGAUGGCCACGAGGCUUGCCAGCAUUGCUGGCUCUGUUAUUGUUGGUGAAGUUGGGUACAUGUUCUCUCCAUCGGUCGAGGCAUUGAAGAAAGCUCUGUACAGAGUGUGGCAAGAUGGAAGAGCUUCCCUUAAGCUGAAGGGUCAGCUUGCCCGGAGACGGGCUCUGCGACUAUUUACCGCCACCAAAAUGGCUGCAGCUUACGAACGGCUGUUUCUGUGUAUAGACGAGCAACAUCAAGGCGCUGCUGCGACAGAUUAUUGCACCUACAAAUGCGAUUAACGAGGAAUUCCGGCAACUUUGUUGCUGCCCUAUGUCCUUACUGGUCACUUAUUGGUCGUAAAAACUGAC